UAUUGUGUAUGAAAUAUUUUAAUUUAUAAUUUAAAAAUUCCUAAUAGUCUGUACGACUGUACAAUUGCACAUCAUUCAAUUUAAAUCAUGGCUAGACCCAAUUUAGUCAUAAAAAUAGGAUAUGAACCUUUCUAUUUCGUUGUGGAUGAAUCGGCGUUGGAUUAUUUUCAGCAAGCUGAUCCAAAGGAAUGUUUGCCCACAUUGUUGAGUUUUUUAAAAAGUUGUAAGGAAGAUGGAUCCAUUGAAAUAAAUUUGAAUGAAUUAAGCAGUUCAAAAAUUCAAAUAUCGAUUCCGGAAAGAAACAUUGAUUUGACUGUUCAAAAACCAACGGUUAGGAUUGAUUGGGAUUGCUUAAGCUCUUCAAGUGAUCACGACAAGGAUGAAAAGCUUGACAACACUAGCAAUAGCAAACCCUUGAAAAGUAGUGAAGAUUUAAAAGAAGCGGUCAGUUCUAAUGGUAUUUGGACAGAAGGCAUAACUAAGUUCAUGUUAGAACAGUAUGGAAAAUUUAUGAAUUAUGUAGGACCAAUGAAAAAAUUCAAAAGGAAAGUUGAAAUGUGGAAACACUUAACUGACGAAAUUGAAAAAGAGUUCAGUGUUAAGUUUACCUACUUACAAGUAGAAAACAGAUAUAAAACUGUUUGUAAAAGAAAAAAAGUUAUUAUUGACAACAACCGAAGUACAGGUUCAUCUCGUAUGGAUGAUGCUUACGAAAAUGAGUGGAAUAAUAUUACUAAACAAGAUGAUAGUAUAUUGCCUGAAGUUCUCCGCAGUGCAAAAACCGUUGUAAUAAACAAAAAGAACAAUCCAGAACUUUUCCCGAAAAAACCAAAAACAGAUUCUGCUCAACAAAUGCUAUUAAAUUAUCUAAAAGAAAAAGAGAUAGCCAAGGAAAGGCGCCAUAAAGAAAAAAUGGAUCUUCUUAAAAGUCUUUUCAAUAAAUAAAUUUAAUUUAUUUACAUUUUUUUAUUGUAAUAUCUUUAAACAUUUACAUUUACAUUUCAAGACUGAGAUUAUUAUUUCUUUAAGUACAGUGUCAUUAAUUUUAUAAAUAGUUAAUG